UGCCAUCUACAGAGAGGCUAGAGCAGGCUUCCUCUCCUCGGAGCUCAGAGAGAGGCAGAGUAACGAGACAGCCAGCCAUGGAGACCGUGUACACGGACAGCGUCUAUGCCGAGAAGGCCAAACUGGAGAAGGCCAAGAACCGCGACCGCAUCUGCUGCGAGGUGGUCGCCCUGGUGAUCGGGUUCAUCGGUCUGAUCGGGGUGGCGGCGGUGACAGGGCUGCCCAUGUGGAAGGUGACGGCGUUCAUCGAGGAGAACAUCAUCGUCAUGGAGACGCGCUGGGAGGGCCUGUGGAUGAACUGCUACAGGCAGGCCAACAUCCGCAUGCAGUGCAAGGUCUACGACUCGCUGCUGUUCCUGCCCCCAGACCUGCAGGCUGCCCGCGGGCUCAUGUGCAGCUCGGUGGCGCUCACCAGCUUCGCCCUGAUCGUGUCGGCCGUGGGAAUGCGCUGCACCAAGAUGGUGGACCACCGCGCCCGCACCAAGCACAUCGUCCUGGUGGUGGGGGGCUGCCUCUUCCUCAUGGGCUGCGUCACCACCAUCAUCCCCGUGUCCUGGACAGGUCACGUGAUCAUCCGCGACUUCUACAACCCGCUCCUGAUCGACGCGCAGCGGAGGGAGCUGGGCGAGGCGCUCUACAUCGGCUGGGUGACCUCAGCCCUGCUGUUCUCCGCCGGGGUCAUCCUGCUGUGUCGCCACGCGCCCAGAACCAACGAGGAAGAGGAGGUCAGGAACCCCACGUACACCCCCUACUCCUACAUGCCCGGCUACACCCCCAACCCUGCCUACACCUACCAACCGGCCUACACCUACCAACCGGCCUACACCUACCAGCCAGCCUACUCCUCUGUACCCCCACCGGGGUCUGUCGUAUACAACCCGAGCCAGUACCUGUGAGCCCAGUCCGCCCCACCACCAUCCUGCAUCGCCCGGCUCCCCGGUUUCCCCUGAGGUGAGAACACGCAUCUUUGGAUGAGAGACUGAAUUCACCUGAAAAACUGCUCUUGAAACGGUUUGUCAAAUAGACAAACUUCUACAGGAAGUAAAGUCACAAGGCCUAUGUGAAACCAGGAAAGGGAGUGCCUGCGGUUAUGGUGUGUUUUUGUAUUGAUUGAGUGUUGGUUUUUUGGUUCAUGUUGUUAGGACAGCUGAGAAAGAAAAAUAGUUCAGCUAUUAAACUGUAAAUAAAAUUAUAAAACUGCUUCAAAUGAUGUUAAAUUUGAAUCUGAAAUCAAAUCUUAAAUCAAAUUUGAAUUUCAGAUUAUGUUACAAAAUAUAUAUAAGAUUUACACUUUGAUAAAACAAUAAGUGUAAUUCACUUUUCCUGUAAAUUUGCACAGUAUGUACAGCAAUAUGGUAUGAGUUAAUAUAUUAAUAUUACCUUGCAUCCAAUUGUUUACAAGUUGACUUCAUACAAAACAUACAUUAGAAAAAGUUUCCACUAUAUGAUUUCAGGACCUCCUUUAUCUAAAACCCUGGAUUCAUCACAGCAUUCAUAUCAGUUUUUAUGUUCCCAUCUAAAUCUGAUGAUGUGAUAUGAGAAAAUGAACUGUUUAAAUGUGAAAAUACAAAAUAUUGAUCUCUUAUGUCUAACUGUUUGUUAAUUCUAUGUUUGUAUGCACUGUAUAGAAUGCAGAAAUGCGUUCUAGAUGUAUAUUUGAGUGUUCAUGUUGAACAUGUUUUAAAUCUUUUAUUGUACCUUUAUUUUUAUUAUUUUUAUGACUCCAAACAAAAAUAAAUGUUUGAAUUUUGACUAA